AUGAGUAAAACUGCCACCGUAUCCUCUGCCAAUACGCAAAAGACCACGCGCCCGAGCUCUGUCCCGCUCUCCCCCUCCAAGCGGAGACGUCUCGCAGCGAUCGAAGCCGCGACCAGAGCCUAUUCCACACCUCAACCUACCGCAAGCAGGAAUCCGGAGAAAUCUCCCUCAGAAACGACUGGCAAACCGGUUGUCUCACCGAAGACUCUGUCCACAGUGCCCGAUGCGCCAUCUGCGGCGGAAAUGUGGAAGUGGACAUUGUUCAAGGACGCCGUGGCCCCAUGCUUUGCCAAAGAUGUGAUGGACAUGCAGGACAGCAGUGCUGAAGAUGCAGAGUACUUCUGGCUUGGUCGGGUACCGUGUCGUUCCGUACGCCUUGUGGUGGACGAUGGAACAGCGGUGAUCGACUGUGUCUACAAACACCCUCCUCUACCAGCAUCAUCCGCCACAGUCAGAAAGCCGAAGCCGAAGACGCCAAUGAGUGCCCGUCCACAGUUUGGCUCAAGCUCUCCCUACAAGUGGCCUGCGCCCUCCACGUCGAAAUCCACGUUCAACGUCUUGCCCGCGACACCAUCUCCGCUUCCGAAACCAGUAGCAUAUGUUGGCGCAUCGGUGAGCCUCACUGGAAGGGUGGUGAACAGAGCAGAGGGGAGGCUCGUGCUCGUCGACGAAAUAAAACGCUGCUCCUCACCAAAUGACGAACCCAACCACUGGCUCGCUGUCGCUCACCUGCACCAAACAUCCUACUUUGCUCCGGAUAUGGGUCCGUUCGUGAUCCCCAAAGCGACCGUCCGGCCGCUAGUAAUGCCAGCAAGUAAGCCCGCGAGCUCAGUCAAGUGCAAGGAGAAGGCGUCCGACGAGUCAGCGGAGGAAGUGCAAGCCCGUGUGGUUGCAACGCCGGGUAUAGCGGCGCCUCAGACGCCAGCCUCCUCCCAUGCGCCUUCUGUAGUUGGCUCUCCUGAGCCUACUUCGUCCAAGGUGGUCGGCAGCGAGCCGCAAUCACCUCCACGCCUGAGACACCCAUCCCGUCUGCAUACACGGGACCUCACCGCGAACACCUUCCGCAUAUACGUCAAGCACUACAUGGACCACGCGCCUCCCCUGCGUGCCCGCGCUCGCUCGCGCUCUGUGUCCCCUACUCCGCCAAGCAGCAACCACCGCGCCGGCGUGAUCGGGUCGGCGGGUGGUUCAACCAACCUCCUAUCCAAGAUGCAAACGAAGUCAGUAUAUGCGGACAUGGGCAUCUAUGGAGAAGACAUCGCGCCCGGCUCAUGCUCGCAGACAACCUACGCAGAGAAUGAGCAUCACGAUGAUGAGGACGACGUGUCAAGAACCGUCCAUGACUUCACGUUCUCGUACCUCCGACGAGUACCCGAGCUCGCGCUCCUAGCACGGCACGUCGUGGAUGCCGAGUCCCGCCGGCGGGCACGCGAGGAGCGCAUGCACGCCGCCCAUACUCAAACCCAAACCCAGGACAGGCACAUUCGCCAACUACAAGGCUCCUCUGCGGAGAGCAAAGCGCUAAAAGUGAAGUGCCUCUUCCGCUUUGCCAUCCGGACGCUCUACGACGAGGGAAGCAUCCAGCAGCGCCAGCACGACUGGCCCGUCACACACGACACUCUAGUCUUCGAUGACGACGACGAAGCGCUGAGCGAUCCCCCACCUGACGAGGAGGCCUACUUCCCGCUCACACCCGCAUACCUCUCCGGCGUCGUCGCGCAUGUGAUCACCGAAAUUAUGGCCCGCGCCGCUGCGAAGGCGUCCAUGUCCAAGUGGCCGCAGCGCACAGACGACGUUAGCGUACCGCUGCAACCUCCCAUGCCGCCACCGGGCCCGACGCCCACGGAGAUCCUCGCGUUCCUGCGCCGCGGUGAAGGAUGCAUUGGAGUGGGGAAGGAGGGAGGGAACGAUGUUGUGUGUGGGGCUUGGGAGGUGGGAGCUGUGUGGGUGAGAGGCGGGGUGAUGGCUGGGUUCGGUGGAUGCCCCGAGCGCAGAGCGGACGUGACAGGCGGUCGUGUGACGAUUGAUGCGUCUGAUGGGAAUCGUCCAUUGUUCGUCGCUUUGCAGCAUACAGGCUCUUGGUGUACCUGCGCAUGGGGCAUGCAUGGGGCCAUUGAUCAGUACACAUUAGUGCAUCACGCCAUCUCAACGUCACCUUCCUCCUCUGUAACCGUCGCCGGCGCUGCUGCAAGUGCCUCAGCUGGCUUUGUAUCAUCCUUCAUGAAAGCAUUCAGCUACAAACUUAACUCCUCCGUGGUCGUACAUCAAGGCUGGAGACGUGCCUGGGACAGAACCUUCGAGGAUGGCCAGGGCACGUCGAGGCCACAGUCCCGGGAAAGAUCCAAAGGGCCCUCACUCGCAGCAGACAACGGCCUGUGUAUGGUGAUUUCCAUGGUUGUGGCCAUGUCACCAAGCGUCUGGGAGGGUGUAUGCGCAUUUGCCUCCAGAAUAAGCGGGACGUCGGCUGCACUAGCCGCCGCGACGGCGCCCAAACAGGAAGGCCAGAUGACUUUUUGGCAGGUGACGUCGGUCGUCGGGCCCUCUCUCCUCGCAGGCAGGGCAGCCGGCGAGGUCUGGCUGCGGAACGCUCCGCGAUGCCGGCCAUCUGGCGUGUGGGAUUCCCGUGCACGGAAGGCAUCAACGGCCCCUGAAGAGAUAUCACUAGCACUGUUCGAAUCCGAACUGCCAGGAGCUCUAGCUAGACUGAAAUUUGCUCUCCGUCAGAGCUUCAAGUUUCGCAUCCACGGCAAGCGCAACCCGUCUGAGGUCAAGAAUCUCACCGAGGUUCCCUCCUGGCAACUGCGACAUGCACAACAGCAGCCCGGCGCAGUUCCCGAACUGCCCAAGGAUAACCCGAACCUCCGCACUCGCAGCACACCCGACUAUGAGCCCAAGCCAUCGCAAUUUCCGCUCUCCGGUGCCUCGGGAGAUAUGGACGACAUCGCCGCGAGCAUUCUGACUGCCGUCAAUGUGCUGUUGCAAGCUAACUCGGAGGGUUUGCAUGGCGCAGGGCACGGGCUCGGAGGAGACGCAAAACGACCCGAGGCACGUCGCGGCCCCGUCGCCGCCGGGCGUAGGCUGAAAACGAUAGGGGGAUGA